CAGAAGAGCAGCGACGGUAUGGAAUUGAAAUUAGUAGGGCCGGAGCUGCUGCUGCCGUCGCUGCCGGCGUCGUCGUCGCGUCAGUUGGUGCGCAGGCGCAGUGUCCGCGAUACGAUGACCUCGAGAGGACAGCGGCACAAGAGCCCUGUCCUCAAGAGGUGCAGGUUGGCGCCGCCCUCACCCGGUAACAUUGCCGUGGUGCGACCCUUCAGUACCACCACUUGGAUAAAGCGGGAUCGGGAGAUACAACGACAGCCACCAACGCCAAAACCACCAAAGCAAAUAUUGUCAGCCAAGGCUCUUGGCUUAUUAAAUCCUUAUUCGGAUGAUGCGACUCCAAAGGAUCGUCGCACUGUGACUCAACGGAACCGGCGGUCACCGGAGGUCAAGACCUCGAAUCAGCAACCAUUGGCACAAACCUCUCGAUCAGCCUUUGGUAGGCAGUCUGCUCCAGCGUUUCGGAAACCUGCUCUACCACCGCCUUGCACUAGGAAACGUCAAAAUCUUCGGGAUGUUCGUGCAAAGGUCGACUCUCAUCUAUGUUCACAAUUCGCCAGCCACCCAUGUCCACCUACUAAGCACCGCUCACGUCCACCUUGUCAGCCUGUUAAAAACAAAUCUCUGGCGGAGGCCCACCAACAGUUGGAGCUGCUCCUUACGAGGAUCGAGCGAGCUACCGAUUAUGAUUCACCCCCACAGUCUGUCGCAGGCACCAAGAAAAUAGGUGGGACCAAGGUCUCCAAGGGGGUUAGCCGCCAGAUGGGGCAACCACCGCCAGUUCCAGCUGGUUCGCCAAUGCUCAGCGCCCGAAGUAACUACACUAUGUCGCAAACUGAUGUAAUGAUCGGUAAUUCGGAAGAGGAUCGUGAUUGUAGUCUCUUGCCCGAAGUCGUACCGCUCGUCCAGAAUCCGCAGCGUCUGCCGCCGGCUCAGCGGGAUGCGCUGCUGGAGCUUCUGCAGCGGUCCGAGCAGCACGACAAGGGCAUCGUGGACAUUGUGGGCAGCUCAACCGGGGAUCUCUCCCGGGACACCAUGCUGAUGCUGCUCCAGAUGCUACCCCUUAGCCUGGAUGAGUCUCCAUACAGUGAGAAGUUCUGGGAAGGACAUCGUUACUUGAAGGAGCGCCAAAAGCUGCAGCAGAAACUGCGACCCGGCGACGAACGUUUCAAGGAGGUUAAGGUCUUGCGGGAUCCCAACGGUUAUACCUACUUCUCUCGCACUUUGGAGGAGGAGCUGCAGGACGAAAAGAAAGUACUAGACUAUAUGGAGGCGGAGUUUCAAAGAAAUGGAAGAAGACCUAAUCAGCAGGGAGAUAAUCUACCUACCGGUCACCCUGUCGACUAUUAUCCACUGAACGAUCGCCAGGAAAAGGCGAUGCGGGAAAGGGCAGAACUGGAGCGGCACAAACAGAUGGUGAUAAACUGCCGGGAACAGCGACGCCAAAAGGAGAACCAAAAGCAGCAGAGCUGUUCCUCCGCCCCAGAAGGAAAUUGCAUCGAGAAUCCGCAAUCUGCAGAAUCAUUUGAUCCGUGGAACAGCCUCCUUAAGGAUCGAGACCGCUUUCAGGCUCACUGCAAUCGCAGCUGUUUCUACAAUAAUUCGCGAAGCUCAGUACCCUGGAAAAUAUAUGCCAAAGUGGCCAGCAAUCUCAGUUCGCAUCUAAUCAAGAGCUUGGAUGUUGAAUUUCAUCGUAGUGUGGCAAACUAUAUCAAAAAUCUUGUAGGACGUAAAUUUACUUUAUAGAUAUAUCGGCGACUUUCAUAUUUUACACAACUUAACGCAGAGCUUUUAAAUUGAUUAAUUAUAUCCUAACUGAUAUAAUAUAUUUGACAAAUUGGGAGUGUAUUACAAAUUGUGCGAUUUUAAAAAUUGUAUAAAAACAAUAAUGUAAAUAUAAAAUUUGUUGUAUGUGUGGAAA